AAGAAGAUGGCGUCUGCCACCAUCAUCCAGCGGCUGCAGAGCUGGGCUUCCGGGAAAGAACUGCAGGGGAAGCUGCAGCUGCAGUACCAGGAAAUCGCCAAGUGGCGGACGCAGCCACCACCACGACCACCCAUGCUCCCCGUGGACCCCAGCCACAAACUCUUCAACUACUGCUGCUCUCAUGAUGGCCGCCGGGAAGCCAGGCCGCCCUCCGUGCUCAUGUCCACACAGAAGAUGCUGAUGGCCGGCACGUCGGCUGAGAGCCCCCAUGGGGGCCGCCCAGAAGGCCCCCGUGACUCCAGCGCCCCCCCCAUGAAGAAGUGGAAGUUGUCCUUGGACCAGCCUUACCUGUGACACAGCCCAGCCCCCACCAAGAUCACUCACCUGCUUCCCAACUCCCCGGGGGAACGUGACCUAAUUUAUUACAAAUAUACUAUCUCCUCUGG